CGCCGCCGCCCGGAGAGGCCCCGGCCCGGCGGCGGCGGCGGCCAUGGCCGGGGGGCCGGGCCCGGGGGACCCCGCGGUCCCCGGCGCCCAGCACUUCUUGUACGAGGUGCCACCCUGCGUCAUGUGCCGCUUCUACAAAGUGAUGGACGCCCUGGAGCCCGCCGACUGGUGCCAGUUCGCCGCCCUGAUCGUGCGCGACCAGACCGAGCUGCGGCUGUGCGAGCGCUCCGGGCAACGCACGGCCAGCGUCCUGUGGCCCUGGAUCAACCGCAACGCCCGCGUGGCCGACCUCGUGCGCAUCCUCACGCACCUGCAGCUGCUCCGGGCUCGGGACAUCAUCACGGCCUGGCACCCUCCCGCCCCCAACAAGCCCCCCAGCACCACCGCCCUGAAGCCCAGCAGCCUCUCUGCACCCUCUGAGGCCGAGGCUCUCAGCCCCCGGAAGUUGCAGUCGUCAGCCUCCACCCUCCUCUCCCCAGCUUUUCCAGGCUCCCAGACCCAUUCUGGGCCUGAGCUCGGCCCUGUCCCAAGCCUUGCUGCCCUCCGGCCACCACCGGCAUCCCCAGCCCCUUCCUCUACCAAGCCGAGCCCAGAGAGCCAGCUGUCCCUCCUGCAGGGGGCCCACCCCUCUCCGUUCUGCUGGCCCCUCCAUGAGAUUUCCCGGGGCACUCACAACUUCUCAGAAGAGCUGAAGAUCGGGGAGGGUGGUUUUGGGUGUGUGUACCGGGCUGUGAUGAGGAACACAGUGUACGCUGUGAAGAGGCUGAAGGAGGAGGCAGAUCUGGAGUGGACCACUGUGAAGCAGAGCUUCCUGACCGAAGUGGAGCAGCUGUCACGGUUUCGUCACCCAAACAUCGUGGACUUUGCAGGCUACUGUGCUCAGACUGGCUGCUACUGCCUUGUCUACGGAUUCCUGCCCAAUGGCUCCCUGGAAGACCGCCUCCACUUCCAGACCCAGGCCUGCCCCCCUCUCUCCUGGCCUCAGCGACUGGACAUCCUUCUGGGCACAGCUCGGGCAAUUCAGUUUUUGCAUCAGGACAGCCCCAGCCUCAUCCAUGGAGACAUCAAGAGUUCCAAUGUCCUUCUGGAUGAGAGACUGAUGCCCAAACUGGGAGACUUCGGCCUGGCCCGUCUCAGCCGUUUUGCAGGGGCCAACCCCAGCCAGAGUAGCACCGUGGCCCGGACACGGACCGUGCGUGGCACCCUGGCCUACCUGCCGGAGGAGUAUGUCAAGACAGGGAGGCUGGCUGUGGACACCGAUACCUUCAGCUUCGGCGUGGUAGUGCUGGAGAGCCUGGUUGGCCAGAGAGCUGUGAGGACGCAUGGUGCCAGGACCAAGUAUCUGAAAGACCUGGUUGAAGAAGAGGCCGAGGAGGCCGGGGUGGCCCUGAAAAGCACCCAGACCACAAUCCAAGCAGGUCUGGCCACAGAUGCCUGGGCUGCCCCAAUCGCUACCCAGAUCUACAAGAAGCACCUGGACCCGAGGCCUGGGCCAUGUCCACCCAAGCUGGGCCUAGCCCUGGGCCAGCUGGCUUGCUGCUGCCUGCACCGCCGGGCCAAGAGGAGACCCCCCAUGACCCAGGUGUACGAGAGGCUGGAGAAGCUACAGGUAGCAGUGACAGGGCUGUCCCUGGAGCCAGAGGCUGCCAGCCACAGCCCCUCUUCCCCGCAGGAGAACUCCUACGUGUCUACCGCCAGCAGUGCCCUGAGCAGUACCAGCCUGAGGCCACCCCUGGCAGUGCCCUCAGGAGCCCCAGCCCAAACUACAGAGCGGCUCCAGAAAGGCCCCAACCAGCCCGUGGAGAGUGACGAGAGUGUGUCCAGCCUGUCUGCUGCCCUGCAUUCCUGGCAUCUGACCCUGAGUUGCCCCCCAGGCCCAGGCCUGCCAGGCAGCCCUGGGCAAGGGGCUGCCGCCUGGGCCCCAGCACUCCUUGGGCAGGCCGGCUGUACUCAAGGGGGCACUGCCCGAGAGUCAAGCUGGGGGAGUGGCCCGGGUACCCGGCCCACAGCUGUGGAAGGUAGCUGGGGACAGGAUCACUCAUGGACAGCUCUGCGUCAUCGCAGCCACCGCAGAUUGUUAUCAACCCGGCCCGGCAGAAGAUGGUGCAGAAGCUGGCCUUGUAUGAGGAUGGGGUCCUGGACAGCCUACAGCUGCUAUCAUCAAGCUCCCUCCCAGGGACGAGGCUGCUGCCCUCCAAGGGUAUGGGACAGCGCAGAGGCCGGCCACCCCCUCUAACGAUGGCUCGGGCCUAGAGCACCAACAUAGGCAGAGGCCCGAAGAGAGUGAUGAAUUUCAGAGCUGAUCCGUUCACUUGGGCAAAUCCCCAAAACCCGGAAGUCAAAGUUCUCAUGGCUACAAGUUCUCAUGGCACGCGAAUCCUCGGCAGCCCAUGGGCAGUGGGGGUGCGGGCCCCAGCCUCGCGGGGGAGAGCAGGUGGUGGCCCCUGCUGUUCUCGCGGUGUGGGCACAGGCAGGGCUCAGAGCCACCCAGGCUAGCUGCUGGAAGCCAUCAGUAGGGCAGGACGGCUCAAAGGCCUGCCUUCGGUCCAGCAUUUGGGGGAGGAAAGCUGAUGUCAUGGGAGGCGUGUUAGCGGGGCAGGAGAGCAUGUCUGAAGGCUGCUAGCUGCACAGGCUGAGGGAGUGGGGCCGCUGGUACAGUGGGACAGAGCAGGUAGCCGACUCCCCUGAGGGCUGGGCAGGGUGUCUGCAGCCCAGGCCUACAGCAGCGGCCCUUAGCCCUUCUCUUAGGAUUUGCUGAAGCCCUGGGGGAAAGGGGCCACUCUGUAGAACAGAGCAGAUGAGGCCUGGGGCCCUCCCAGCUGCUUGUAAUUUGGAAAAGUGAGGUGUGGCCAGCCUAUGGUUUAGUCCCCCAGCUAGAAGUGAGAGUUCUGAGAUGCCCUAGAGAGUCCAGCAGCACACCCCAUCAAGCCAGUGUCUGCAGGCUUCACCAGGGACCUGGGAGCUAGCUUAAGGUGACCACCUGCUAACCAGGACACCCCUAGGUGCUACAGACGGGCACCGAGCCAGGUCAGGCUCCAGAGGCCACAGGCUCAGCCUCAGGCUCAGGCACUGGUUGUGACAGAGGGGCCACUACCCAAAAUUUGGCUAGCCAAGGCCUGUGUUAACCCAGACAGUGAGAAGCCCCAAGAAGGCAGGAAGUUGGGAAUAAGGCAGAGAGGGAGGAAAAAGAAAAUGGGACUUACGAUUUUAGAAGCAAGCCAGGUUUCGUGUAACUGAGUGUCUUCAAAAGUAGCCCAGGGCUAUCACACUGGCUUACAAUGAUUUUAUGUCCUCAAUCGUGACUCACACUACAUGCCCCACGAAGCUAGGCAUUGGCAAAGUCCCAGUUGUCCUGGAGUAAUAAAAGCUUACAUUUCGA